AUGCCCGCUGGCGCACCGCCGGCGAUAAGAAAAAUCAGCGAGAAACACGACAAAGUGUUCGUCACGGGCUGCCUCGAGCCCGACACCAGCAAGCCCCGCGCCAAUGCCGCCUUCGUUGUGCUCGCCCGGAACAAGGAGCUCGACGGUGUGAUCCAGUCAAUGAAGUCGAUUGAGCGCCACUUCAACCGCUGGUACAACUACCCUUAUGUCUUCCUCAACGACGGAGACUUCAACCAGACCUUCAUCGAUACCGUCAAGAACUACACCUCCGCCACCGUCGAGUUUGGCAAGGUCGGUCCGGACAUGUGGGGAUACCCCGACUGGAUCGACCCCAAGGUCGCCAAGGAGGGCGUCAACAAGCAAGGCGACAACGCCAUCAUGUACGGCGGCAUGGAAAGCUACCAUUUCAUGUGCCGCUUCUACUCGGGUUUCUUCUACAAGCACCCGCUUCUGGCCAAAUACGAGUGGUACUGGCGGUUGGAGCCCGAGAUCAAGUACUUCUGCGACAUUACCUAUGACCCCUUCCUCCAGAUGAUCGAGCAUAACAAGACGUACGGCUUCACCAUUGCCGUCAAAGAACUGCGCGAGACAGUCCCCAACAUCUUCCGCUACGCCUCGGCCUACAAGCGCCUCAACAACAUCUCGUCGCAGGGUCUGUGGGAGAUGUUUGUCGAGCCGCAGCCCGAGAAAAAGAAGGAGAAGGUGUCAGAGAAUGAGCAGGCCCGCCUACCCAACGUCGACCCGGAGGGCAUGGAGGGCGAGUCGUACAACAUGUGCCACUUCUGGUCCAACUUUGAGAUUGCCCGGCUCGACUUUUUCCGGAGCAAGCAGUACGAGGAUUUCUUCCAGAUGAUGGACCGCAGCGGCGGUUUCUGGAUGGAGCGGUGGGGAGACGCCCCGAUCCACUCCCUCGCGGCCGGCGCGCUGCUCGCCCCGCGCGACAUCCACUACUUCCGCGACUUCGGCUACCGCCACACCACCAUCCAGCACUGCCCCGCCAACGCCCCGACGCGCCAGCUGCCGCGCCAGCCCUGGCUCGAGAAGACGACGCUCAACGAGCGCGAACGCCUCGAGGAGGACCAGUACUGGGAGGAGUACGACACCCCCAAGGAGAACGGCGUCGGCUGCCGCUGCCGCUGCGACACGGAUAUCGUGGACGUCGAGGGCAAGGAGGGGAGCUGUCUCGCGGAGUGGGUCGAUGUUGCCGGCGGGUGGGCUAGCCCUUGA